AGAUUCGCCGCGGCGCGGGGGGAGGCGGCAGCGAAUCUGCGGGGCCAUGGCGGCGGCGCCGGGCGCGCUGCAGGAGGCGGCGGCGGCGCUGGCGGCCGGCGGGGACGUGGCGGCGGCGCUGGGGGCCGCCCUGGAGGCGGCGGGGGGCGCGGCCGCCCCGGCGGAGGGGGCGCGGGCGCAGUGGGGCGCCUUGCUGCGGCGCCUCGUGGGCAGCCUGCGCCCGGGCUGCCUCGACCCCCUGCCCGCGCCGCAGCGGCGGCGCCUGUGGCGCAGCGUCUUGGCGGAGGCGCCGGCCGCGCUGGGCUUCCCGCUCCUCGUGGAGGCCGUGGCGGCGCCGGGCCUUUGCCCGACGACGGUGGUUGAGCUGCUGGAGCAGUUCCUGCAGGAGGGACACCUCUCGGCUCUGCUGUGGGAGGUCUGUCAGCAGCAAGCCCAGGAUCGCUCGCUGGAGCUGCAGGAGACCCUGCUCGGCAAGAUUGUGUGCUUGCCGGAUCACGUGGGCAAUAGGCUCCAGGGGAAAAACCCACCGGUGUUCUUCCCGCAGAACUACUUUCCGCUGCUGGGCAGUGCGAUUAUCCAGGUGCUGCACAAGAUCUCUGAUUCUCUAAGAGGUGGCUUGGAUUGCUCAAUCUCUUUUGUGUCUCAUGUUCUGGGGAAGGUGUGCAUUCACGGGAGACAGAAAGAAAUCCUGAGCGUUUUGGUGCCCCACCUAACGGAGCUCACCAAGUCGGACUGCAUCUGGCAAAGGAUAUGCUGGCGACUGGUCGAAUGUGUGCCAGACCGCUGGAUGGAAGCAGUGGUCCUUGGUUUUGUUCAGAGAGCAUCGGGGGCAGAUGUCUUGUCUAGAUUGCUGGGGAACCUGGUCGUGAAAAACAAGAAAGCUCAGUUUGUGGUGACGCAGAAGCUGCUGCUCUUGCAGUAUGGCUACACGACUGCAGUGCUACAGAACGUCCUUGGCUACCUGUCACUGGACAGCCUUCGACGUCCCUUAUUGAUCAAAGUGCUGCAAGAACUCCUGGAGACCUGGGGCAGCAGCAGUGCGGUGAAACACUCCCCAGCUGAGCAGCAGCAAUACAUUAGCAAGGCCAUUCUCAUCUGCCUCUCCCACCUCAAGGAGCCAGAAAUAGACAGCUGCAGACAAGAGCUUCUCGCAAGCAUGAUGGCAGGUGUAAAAUGCCACCUGGAUAGCAGCCUGCCACAGAUACGGCGUCUGGGAAUGAUUGUGGCAGAGAGUGUUAGUUUGAAGAUAAACACGGAUGGGCCUGUCCUGAAAUUUCAGUAUGAAGAAGACAAUGAAACGCGAGAGCUGAAGUCCCUUCUGGUGCAGGCUCCACCACGCCAUGUCGUCCCCAACCAUCCAGAUGAUGACAGGAAUGAAAGAGCAGAUGCUGCACUGCCAGUGGUAUUGGAAAGUAAUGAGAAGCCACAUACAGCAGCCUGUGUGACGCCAGAUGAGCAGUUGGACGCUGAGCUUGACAGUGACGAUGACCUCAUCCCUUAUGACAUGUCAGGGGAUAAAGAAUUAAAGACGACUAAGGCUCCUGUAUAUAUUCGAGACUGUAUUGAAGUCCUGACGGGAUCUGACGAUAUGGACAAAUGGGACGCUACAAUCAAGGCUCUUGAGAGCUUGAUUCGAAAGAAUCCAGCAGCAACACGAGAGGUUAGUGUGGAGCUGGCAAAAAUACUACUGCAUCUGGAAGAGAAGACCUGUAUUGAAGGCUUUGCAGAGCUCCGUCAGAGAGCCCAAGUAGCUGUUUUAACCACUGAUCCAAUACCUGUCGCACAGUACCUGACCUCUCAGUUCUACUCCCUGAACUACAGUCUCCGUCAGCGCAUGGACAUUCUCGAUGUACUGGUUCUGGCAGCUCAGGAAAUGUCUUAUCCCAAAACCCGUGGGAAGAAAAAGAAUUCCAGUGCUCAGAAACCCUGUAUCCAGCUCCUUCCUGGAAGUGACAGCUCUAAGGACUGGAGAAGGAUUGUUGAUGAGAGGAUCAAAAGCAAGACCCGGAGGUUUGCUAAGGGUCAGUCUCAAGUGGAACAAGAUUCUGGCCCAAAUGAGUUCAAUUCUGUUGCUGGGCACUUCUUCUUCCCAUUGAUCCAGAAGUUUGACAGGCCUUUGUCAACAUUUGAUCUACUAGGAGAAGACCACUUUGUGCUUGGAAGACUGGUGCACACGUUAGCAGUCCUGAUGUACUUGGCUGUCAAUGCUAUGACAGUCACCACAAUGGGAAAGGCACUGCUGGAGUUUGUAUGGGCUCUGCGUUUCCACACAGACUCGUAUGUGCGCCAGAGUCUCUUGUCCUGUGUCUCCUCCAUACUCCUCGGUGUCCCGACUGAACAUCUUCUGGAAGACAUGACUGAAGAGCUCUUGGAGACUCAAUCCUGGUUGGCAGAUGUGGUAGAGAAAGACCCGGAUGGGGACUGCAGGAGGCUGGCCUUGCAGAACUUGCUGCUAAUGGAGAACCUGAAAAAGAAACUUGAAACUGUCCCUUCCUAGUUGAAGGGUAAAAGAAAUGACCUCUACCUCAUACUCUUGCCAGCUGGAUGCUUGUAGGCACUGCUGGGGCCUCUUCAACAGUCACCUGGCUGGACAAGAGGAAGAAGGGGGAAGGGUGCAGAGCUGGAAGCCAGAGAACCUGACUUGACAUCUGGACUUUGUAGUGGAGGCCAAUUUAGUGAGCUAUUGCUAUCCGGUACGGAGUGUACAGAUGCAGGAAGGUAGGCUAGCGCUGCCAUCCUCUCCACACCUCCCCCAGCCCCCACCCCCCGCUAUUUAUAACCUUGGCAGGUUUGAGUGCUCUGCUAAAAAUACAGAGAAGAUCUCAUAGCAGAUUUCUUGUCAGAAAAACAGGAGGGCUGGAACCAGCCACUUACCUCCGGGGGGGGGGGGGGGGGGGCUACGUUUAUGGUAUGCCCAUAACAAAGGCUCCUGUGUCUUCUAGCAAUGCAGCAUUUGGCAGAAUAUUUACUGGUCUGUUGUUCGAAGGGGUGGCGUGUUAUCGGGAAUGAUACCACGGAUGAGACAGAUGCACUGAAUAGCUACAGUGCAGUUUUGAAAAUGUGCCAAACCUUAAAGGAGACAAUUUCUAGAGCUGUACUGCAUUUAGGAGGGAACAGAGCAGAAAUUUUCUCUUUGAAAAUCUUAGUACCAAAAGAAGUUUCUGUUAAAGGGUAACUAAUGGCCAGAUUCUGGUCUUAAAAUCUCCCUCCAGAAAGCACAGAAUUGAAAUAACAUCAUAGUCACCCCAAGUUUUGAAGCAAGUCACAAAACAGGCCAAAAAAAAAAAAAAAAAAAUCACUCUGGGUCUAAGCAGAAGAGAUGGUUAGCACAAAAUGCAUGUGCAUGGGUCUUUGGAAAUACAGUUUCUUUCAUGUGACAGGAUAACACUUUCAGGAGAACAGGCUUAAACCAACCAAGAUUUUGCUCAGCUUCAUGUUGGGCCCAUUUAGGGCUAGUCCUGCUUGUGCCAGGGAAGAAACUUUCAUCCUAAAAUAUGACUAGUAUGGAGCAGCCUGGCAUAACUGUGAUGUUUGGAAAAGAAGCUUCACAGCGAGUAAUUUUAAGCAAAUAAUGUGGAGGUUCUAGAUGACCCUUUGAUAUUCAAAUACAAAAGCUUUGGGAUGGGGAAGUCUUUCUUCCUCCUGCAGUAAGGGAGUAGUUUGACUUUUACCCAAGCUUGUACUCAAAUGGCACAGAGACUGUUUUCAGAAGCUGACUUCUAAGGAAAGACAAAGAUGUUAGCACAUUAGCAGAUCAAAGUUGUACUAAAAAAUUUUGUCAGCUCAGGAGUUUCCACUUCAGUUACCGACCUCUUCUCUAUACUCAGACCAGGCCUGAAGUUACAAUGCAGAGUUUUCAUUCUUUUUCUUUUUUCCUCAAAUUUAUUAAAAUACUAAAAACAGCUUCAAAACAGGAUAUAUACAUGUGAGUUUUUGUAUUUAGUGUUUGAAAUAGUAUCUAAUUGCUGCUGAACAAUCGAGCAGAAAAAAUAAAUAUCUUGGGAAGAACCAAAAGCCUGCUGCAGCAGUGAGUUGAUUGAUGUGUGACCCCUAAUGAGGACAGAAGAUAGGACCUGGCGUUAAAGUCAGUUUUGCCUUGGUUAAGUGUAAGUAAGUUGUCAGGGGUCCUCCAGUUCAUCAGCCACUUCUUCCACCUCCCUGUUCUCCAUACUGCUGUGCCGAAUUUGCUCUGGAACCAGGUUUCGGCUUAAGGGAAUGCCUACUCCUCGGUGAACUGCCUCAAUGGUCUGCCGAGUCACAUAGUAGGUCAGGUUCACACCUGGAAUUCUUUUCCGCAGCUCUUCCAGAUACCGGUAAGCCUAAAGUAAUGCACAGAGAUCACUGUUACAGAGAGUGUAAUCUUUACACCAGUUCCAGCAAAAGGAUGAAAAGCAGCCACCAUGGAUGACUUGAGUUCAGUGGCGGAAGGGAGCUAAUGCUUAGCCAGGAGGCAUAGCCAUUGCUAACAAAAUGACCUUUCUUAAUGAUGUGUGUCAAUUCUAGCUUUUUCAUUUCAUUUUCAUUCAAAAAGAAAGGGGGGCUUGAGUGCUAGUUUUCCAUUCUCCUGAUAGCUGAAGCAUCAUCACAUAUUACACGUGAUACAUAUCACAUAAAGCAACACACAUUACGAGUAAGGUUAAUCAGCACAGUUGGAGAAGCUAAUGCUUCACAUCAGCCAGUUUCAUAAUAGCGGCAGGUUACGUUUUAGUCCAAACCCUUUGUGCGUGGCACUUCCUGCUCUGAAGAAGUGACUCACCAUUUCCUCAAGUGAUUGCAAUUUUAUAAUUCUUUUUUUCUUCUUUGGCCAGGUGGCAAAUGAAGUACAGUGUAAUUGCUGAGAAAUGCACCCAGGCCCCUGUGUUCUUGUCUCUAUUAAUAGGAAAUGUUUAAGAAGCCACCACUGUUUGUUAUGCUGCAUGUCCUCUGAGCUUUCUUUAACCUUCAAUGCCAUGAAAAUAAAGAUACACUAAUUUAGA